CGCCCCCGUAUUAGCCUUCGAGAAUCCAAUGCAACAACAUUCAAAGCGUUCAGCAGAGAAGAGCCCAUAGAAGAGAUAAUCAUUGUAAUCGCGCCAUGAUCACCUGCUAUAACUAUUCUCCAACUCCACCUUCGUUUCUUCAGGAACACCACUUUCCAUGGAGUUCAAACCCUAACAGCAGUAGGCCAAAUUACCUUCUCACUCUCACUCAUACCAAAAACAAAUCAAGACUCGCCACCAGAGUUAUUCAGCCAGGAGUUGAAGUUUCAUCUCCUGUAAAUACUCCUUUUCCAGAAACUCCCGCCGAUACCAUUGAUUUUACAGAGGAGCUUCACGUACCUGUCAAUGGAGUCGCAGACACUGUAUCAGAGGAUAAGGCCGCGGUUUCUGCACCAAAAGUUAAGAAGAAGAAACAAGACGACGAGGAUAACUUCGAGAACAGAUUCAAACUUCGAAAUGGAAGAGAGAUAUAUGAAGAAAAAGCUUACCUGGUAGGUGUUGAGCGGAAAAGUGAUACGGUGGAUUCUUUUGGAAUUGAAGAAUCACUUAAGGAAUUGGCUCAGCUUGCUGACACUGCUGGCCUUAUGGUUGCUGGUUCCACAUAUCAAAAACUGGCUUCUCCAAACCCAAGGACGUAUAUCGGAUCUGGUAAGGCUGCGGAAAUUAAGAGCGCAAUACAUGCGUUGGAUGUUGAGACUGUAAUAUUUGAUGAUGAGCUCUCUCCAGGGCAACUGCGCAACUUGGAAAAGGCUUUUGGUGGUGAUGUUAGAGUUUGUGAUCGCACUGCCCUUAUCCUUGAUAUCUUUAACCAGCGAGCAGCUACUCAUGAAGCAUCUUUGCAGGUUGCAUUGGCUCAAAUGGAGUAUCAAUUGCCUCGGUUAACUAGAAUGUGGACUCAUCUUGAGCGUCAGGCUGGAGGACAGGUGAAGGGUAUGGGUGAGAAACAAAUUGAAGUUGACAAGCGUAUUUUACGCACUCAGAUUGGUGUUCUUAAAAAAGAGCUAGAAUCUGUUAGAAAACAUAGAAAGCAGUAUAGAAACAGGCGUGUCUCUGUUCCCGUCCCUGUAGUAUCCUUGGUUGGCUACACAAAUGCUGGAAAAAGUACACUUCUAAAUCAGUUGACUGGUGCUAAUGUCUUGGCUGAAGAUCGGUUAUUUGCAACCCUUGAUCCGACUACAAGAAGGGUUCAGAUGAAAAAUGGAAAUGAGUUUCUUCUCACAGAUACUGUUGGUUUCAUUCAGAAGUUGCCAACUACCCUGGUUGCUGCAUUCAGAGCAACAUUGGAGGAGAUAUCAGAGUCAUGCCUUUUAGUUCAUGUGGUAGACAUCAGCCAUCCACUAGCACAACAACAAAUUGAUGCAGUUGACAGAGUUCUGUCAGAAUUAGAUGUCUCAUCAAUUCCGCAGUUAAUGGUUUGGAACAAGGUUGAUAGGGUUAGUGAUCCUUCAAAAAUAAAAUUGGAAGCAGAGAAAAGACAAGAUGUUGUUUGCUUAUCUGCUUUGAGUGGUGAUGGCUUACAAGAAUUUUGCAUUGCAGUCCAGGAAAGGCUGAAGGAUUCUAUGGUAUGGAUAGAAGCUUUGGUACCUUUUGACAAAGGAGAUCUUCUCAGUACCAUACAUCAAGUUGGAAUGGUAGAGAGAACUGAAUACAUGGAGAAUGGGACAUUGAUCAAGGCACAUGUUCCUCUUCGUUUUGCAAGACUCCUUACUCCUAUGAGGCAUCUCUGUAAAGCUUAACUUUUCAACUACUUAUGUCUACCAUUUAUCAUCUUGUAUGUAUCAUCUAACAGCAAAAUUAGAGCUUCUUUUUUCAUACAUUAAUUCUCCCUCUCUUAAAAAACAGAAAGAGAGAGAUCAGUGAUUGGGAUAGAUGUUAUAUUGUUUGUCUAUCGAAGGCCUUUUGUACAUAAAACAGCUCCUGAAAUGUAACAAAAAUUGAAAACUUGCCAUAAUUGAUAUAUAAUUAUUUACUUUUUA